AUGAUAGAGAAUAGACAAGAGACUUAUUGGGAGGAUCAUUUAUGGGUGAUUGAAUUUUGAAAAGUCAUUUCUGAAGCUCUUCAAGUGAAGCAUGGUUUAAGCAAUAAGAAUGUACACAAUUUUAAUAGCGAUUCAAGAGUAUCUAAAAAGUGUCAUAGAGAGAUUUCGUUGAUCAACAGCAAGGAGGUAUCUCUGUUUCACAGAAGUAAACAUGCAGACAUAAGAGCAUUCAAAAUGAUAGACAAAAUUUCUUCCUCUAGUUAUGAUCAGCAACCAAUUCAGAAGUUAAGCUAUGGCGAGUAUGAAAUGUGGGAUCAUCAAAGAGGUAAAUUUGAUCCAUAUCAGAAAAUGGUUAUCAAAUUUAUUCCGAAAGUUAUAAAGGCCUUCAUUUUAACAGAUUUUGAAAUUUCAGCCAAAGGAAUUCAAAAUGUAUUCCUUGCAGGCAGACAUUUAAAUUCUCUAUCAAUUUCUUCAUGCAAAAUUAAUCAAGAAGGAAUUGCUCUUAAACAAGACAUUGAAUAUAAAAUUAAAGAGUUAAGCUUUUCAGGAUGUGGGAUGACAUCAGAGUGGACUUAUUCGGGAGUGGUAAAAUUUGAAGAACUAAUGGCCAGCAUCUCAAAAACCAACCUAAGAACAUCUUUAGACCAUUUAAACCUUUACUGCAAUGGAAUGGGAAGUGACCAAGUAUUUGACACCCUUCGCUCAUUAAAAUUCCAGUCUCUCCAAGUAAGCUGAGCGUACUCUUUCUGCUCUGAUGAUAAAAGUGGGUUUAUCUCAUAAAUCUCCUAUUUAUCCAAAAAUAUUCAUUUAUCCAAUA